UCGAGUCAAAAACGAGGAAACAAAAAAAGAACGUAUAUUCUUUUAAUUUCGCGUGAACUUUGUGCCAUUGACAUUGGUUUCGAAAAGAAUUGUUCAAUAUGGGCUCGAAAAGUUUUAAUAUCACAGAAAUCUGCCGAAGAGAUCCUACCACGCUGAACGAUGAGGAGUUUAAUAUCGCACUGGAGCACUGUGAAUCUCCCUUUCCUGAUUUACCGACUGGUAACUCAUCAACAUCAUCAUUCCCAUCAUCGUCUUCAUCAGAUUCCCCUCCAAUACUUGAAUAUACUUAUUUCUAUACCUUGCUCAUUUCUGGUGGAAUCCUGUUAAACCUGUUGGUCAUGAUCACGAUAUUUUCUAGAAAUCGACUUCGAACAGUUCCAAAUGCAUUCAUGGUAUCUUUAUCUGUGGCAGAUUUUUUAAUGGCCACUGUAGCACUUCCCUUAAGAAUGAUGGAACGCAUUGAUGAAAACAAGAACCAUGUCAUUACGUCAUUAUUAUUCCCAUGUAUUGGAGUGGCAUCCAUAUUCAGCUUAUGUUGUGUAACCCUUGAUCGCUAUAUGCAUAUAAAACACCCAUUGAACUAUGAAAAAUACAUAAAUAAAAGACGAGCAUUUGCAAUUGUUACAGGUGUGUGGUUUUUCUCUAUUAGUCAAUCAUUAGUAUUCUUUCUCGUCAAAAACAAUCGUCAUCAUGAAGCAAUUUUCAACGACGUCCGAAUUUUUUAUUGCUUUGGAAUUCCGUCAAUAUUCAUCGUUGCUGCAUAUGCCAAGCUGUUUUUAAUAGCAAGAUCACAUGCCCGGGUCAUCGCUGCAACCUCAGUCAGAAUACCCGACCGUCCGUGGUCGCAGAAGAAAGAUUUUAAAAUUCUCAAGAAUAUUGCAUUGAUCGUUGGCACUUUUAUCCUAUGUUGGUUUCCAUUCCUCUUUGCAGUCAGUUACGAGCUUCACCAUUCAACGCUGACGAGAGAGUUUUAUGUGCUCAUGGGUAUUUUAGAAUGUUUUGCUUGCAGUACUUGUGUACUAAAUCCUAUCAUUUACGGCAUAUUAAGACGAGAUUUGCGGAUAUCAAUGAAAUAUGUUGCUGGUUGUAAACGUGGAAGCAUGGAGGAAAGUGAAUCGUUGUAGACAAUACGAAAUAUGAAAGUAUUUUGAGUGAAAGAUUAUCAGAUUAAAGGCCGUGUAAUAAACGACUGUUGCUGUACAUGUAGCUAAAGGAAUGUGGUUUGCUAUAUUUUUAAUUAAUGAAACUAGUAAAAACUGGAGAAUUGCAGAAAGAGUGAAAAGAUACCUUUUGGGCGCCAUUUCUGAAAUCAAAUUUGUAGCCGAGUCCGAAGGAGCAGUGCCAGUCUCUUAAUUUUUCGCUAUCUUCAACAACAAAGACCAAUAAUUGGUUUUAAAGAUGGCGACCGAUUUAUCCGGUCCAGUUCACAUAGAAGAGUUGAACUAGAAAAUUUCAAAGAAUAAUCAAUUGCCCUCCUAUUGGUUCGAAAAAGAAUACUCAAUAUCACUCUCAACCACAUCCAUCCAAUAAUUAUUUACUAUCCACUUUAAAUAUUAUAUAUAGUUAAUAUAGUUACAAAGGUGAUUGUUGACAAUUCAUCUGAUUGGUCGAGUGACUUUUCUACAUGCAUUUAAGGAAUCAAACUGAAUGAGGCAAGGUAAAUUAAGCAACGUGAACUUCAUACAAAUACAUAAUUUUUAUUAUACUCAUAUACUAUCCAUGUAGUUACCUUUUCCAUAUAUUUCUAUAGCAUGUAAUAUUGUAAUGAUUGUUGAUUAAGGUGGCUCCUAGAGAGAAAAUUGUUGAAUGCAGUUUGAUGAUAUAGAAUUAGUUUUUCUCACGAUGACGAAUAUGCCGUCAUUUUUG